UAAGAGAAAAAUAAUGACAAAAUUUAACUGAAUUCCUCAGUUAUGUUUUAUAUUUUGCCAAAGGUAGAUGUCUAAGUGAAAAUAAAAUGGAAAAAAUUGAAGUAACGAAAGUUAUCAAGGCGCUUAUUGUGGCCAGAAAAGGUGGCAUGCCUAUUGAAGAUUUGGACAAGGACUACCAAGAAAUGGAAGCAGCAUCUAUUCCAUAUUUAAGAAUGGGUUAUAAUAGUCUCUUUGAAUAUCUUCGAGAAGUGAAAGAAAUUAAAUAUAAAAAAAAUAAAUAUGGAAAUACAGUUUUGACUGUCGAUGACGAAAAACUUAAUCAUUUAAAUGAAUUAAUUAAACAUCAAAAACCAGCUAGGACUAACAAGAAACGAAGUAAAAACAAUAGAAAAACCACUAGUAACAAGAAUUAUGAUUUUGAAAAUAACAACAAGAAUAACAAUAGUUUUGAUUAUCAUCAACAAUACAACAAUAAUUCUGAUUGUCAUCAACACUAUAACAAUAAUUUUAAUUAUCAACGACAAUACAACAAUAAUUCUGAUUGUCAUCAACAGUAUAACAAUAAUUUUGAAUAUCAUCGACAGUACAACAAUUAUUCUCCGUCAGUUUCUUCCGGUUAUAAAAGUGCGUCCACAUCUUUCUCUGAAACAUCUGAGAAACCUAUGAUCAACAUAGAUUACAGAAAAAGGAAUAAUUAUAUCUAUGAGCCAAUUUUCAAUAAAAGGCAGCUCAUUGGAGAUGACUUUUUCCUUCAACUGGCAAUUAAGGAACUAAAAGUUCCAAUUUGGAGAAAAGCAGAAAAAAGUGCCCUAUAUUCUGGACUAUGUGUCUCAGGUCAAACUAUUCGUCAAUGUAUAAAAAGAUUGGGAAAUAUAACUGAAAUCGCAGAUAGAGUAACAAUUUUGUUAGGAUCUAUGGACGUAUACCAAGGAAGAACUUUGGAGCAGAUGCAAGCUGACUAUAGAGAGCUUUUGAACAUCCUUGAAGUUGACUUCAAUCUACCAAGAACGUCAAUUACAAUUUGCACUAUACCACCAUUGGCGAAUUUGAGUUUUAGAAUUGAUUUCGAAAGAUCCAGUACAUUACAAAUGUUCAAUAAUUGGCUGCGAAAUAUUUGGCGUGAUUAUUAUGAUUUCGACUUCAAUGGCGUUUACUGGAACUACAAUUUGGCUGAUUUUGAUGAAGUUUUCAGAAAUGAUAUCGGUGCCAUUAAAUACCAUUAUUUUCAAAAUGAUGCUCGUUAUGUAUCAGGCACUCGACAACCAUAUGUCCUGUUCAAUGGAAGAGGACGAGAAUUAGCUUUACAUCUUCUACAAUAUUCAUAGGCGAAAAAAACAAUAUCUGAUUUUAUUUGUUUGAUAUAAAUUCUCUUUAAAAUAUCCCCAUUCCAUCCCCAAAUUUUAAAGAGGAAAUAUAUCACCCAAAUAUAUCAAUAUUUUCCAUUCCCUAUUUUAUUUAAAAAAAAGAAGAUUCAACGAAUAAACGAAAAAAUUAAUUAGAAAAAAUCUCAUUCUAAAAGUAGAAAAAUAUUUUUUAAUUGAACAAAAAAAUUGUUGAACUUUUUUUUUAAAACAGAAAAAUUAACUAUAUUUUAAAUACCAUUCUCCAAGUCGACUAUUGAAAUGGCUUAUUUUAAAAAUAUAGUUAUUUUGCUCUUUAAAAAAAAAUAGUACAAAGAAUUUUUUAAUUAAAAAAUAUUUUAUUCUAUUAUUAAGCAAAAAAAAAAAGAGAUUUUUUAAUUCAUUGAAGAUCAUCUAUUUAUGUGCGUGUGUGAAUCUAUUUAUUGUAUGUAAUUUUUAUGUAUAAGCGUAUGUGUAUAUAUUUAUUUAUUUAUAUUAUCAAUUGCGUCCAAAUCAGUAUUAUAAUAAUAUAUUGUGAAAAACGAUAUUUAAUUAUAAAAGUUUAUUGACCGAUAA